GGGACGGCGCGGCCUCUGCUCCUCCUCGGGUCGGGGCGGGCCCAAGAAAACCCGCCUCCCCCGUGCCGUCCUCGUCACGGCACCACAGGACAGCCAUGCCGGGCCGCCUGCUGCGCGGCCUCUGGCAGCGAUGGCGUCGUUACAAGUACCGCUUCGUACCCUGGAUCGCGCUGAACCUAAGCCACAACCCGAGGACCCUCCGAUAUGUUCCAGAGGAAUCCAAAGACAAAGUUAUCUCAGAUGAAGAGGUCCUAGGAACAUUACUGAAAGUUUUCCAGGCUCUAUUUGUAAAUGAUUUCAGUAAACAAUCAGAUAUCUUGACUGUGCUUCCAGAACCUGUUAAAUCAAAAUAUCAAGACCUACUGUCAGUUCAGCAUCCAGGGGUGAAACAGCUUGAAUACAGACAUCAACAGCAAAAUACACCAGAAGAAAUUCUUUAUAAGACAUUGGGUUUCAGUGUCACCCGAGCACCUAGCACAUUGAUUUCGGCUGGAAAAGGUGUCUUCAUUAACAAAGGAUUGGUACCAAAAGACGCGGUUGUAUCUAUGUAUCCUGGUACAGUAUAUCAAAAGUACGAGCCAAUCUUUUUCCAGUCCAUUGGAAAUCCAUUUAUUUUUAGAUGCCUGGAUGGGGUACUCAUUGAUGGAAAUGACAAAGGAAUAUCAAAAGUUGUGUAUAGAUCUUGCAAUGGGAGGGAUCAACUUGGUCCUUUAAAAAUGAGUGAUAGUACGUGGCUAACAUCAGAAAUUCAUAAUCCACUGGCUGUAGGACAGUAUGUCAACAAUUGUUCAAAUGACAGAGCAGCUAAUGUCUGUUAUCAGGAAUUUGAUGUGCCUGCAGUUUUCCCUAUAGAACUGAAGCAAUAUCUUCCAAACAUUGCGUACAGCUAUGACAAACAAAGUCCACUUCGAUGUGUCAUUCUUGUCUCACUCAGGGACAUCAAACAAGGAGAAGAGCUUUUUUCAAACUACUAUACAAUUGUCAGCUAACUGUAUGAAAUUAGGUUUUCUAUUCAGCUAUUGAGUUAAUUCUAAAUGUUUUUGUUGUUUCUCAGAGUUCCACCUGCAGAGCAAAUAUUUUGAAACCUAAUUGGAGUGGGAAC